GAUAGUGAGAGGCGAAAGCUGCUCGAAAUGGUAGUAUGACGUGCAACUUGGAGUCGAAAACUAUUGUAGACUGUUGGAGACUCUACCAGCGAUCAGAUCAACCAGACAAUAUCCAACAAUUUAACUCGAAUAUUCACGUAUAAGUAUAGUGUUUCAAAGUAAAGUAGUAACCUUAAAGACGGUUUAAAUUAAUACAACGAAAGUAAACCAAUCUAUUGAUACUUUUAUUGCUACAUUACCAAACCGUGUUGUAUCAAAAAGAAAAUCGUACAUCAUCCAAAGAACCUCCAUCAAGUACAAUUUUUAUAUACCAACAAAAUCAUGAGCUGGCAGGACUACAUUGACAAGCAGCUGCUUGCAUCAAAAUGCGUGACGAAAGCAGCAAUUGCCGGCCACGAUGGAAAUCUUUGGGCAAAAUCAGACGGCUUCGAAGUGAGCAAAGAAGAAUUAGCUAAACUAGUGCAGGGCUUUGACUCUCAAGAUGUUUUUACAUCAUCCGGCGUCACUUUAGCUGGGAAUAGGUAUAUAUAUUUGUCAGGCACGGAUCGUGUAAUAAGGGCAAAAUUAGGCAAGGUUGGAGUUCACUGUAUGAAAACAGCACAAGCUGUUGUGAUUUCUCUGUAUGAAGAUCCAAUUCAACCACAGCAAGCAGCUUCAGUGGUUGAAAAGUUGGGUGACUACCUCAUCCAGUGUGGUUAUUAGUAACCGGCUCUGGGACCCAAUAUAUAAUUUUUAUCGAAUUAUAAAUGAAGGCGGAUUAUUUUUUUUAUUAUUAUUAUUACAUAUAUUUUCUUUUUAAAUAUUAAUAAGAUAUCGAAAAUUCGUUUAAAUUCCGUCAUGUCACGGAGUGCCGGAAUGCCGCCGUUGGCAUCAUUGCCAUCAUUAAGUGGCUAUUCAAUGUCGUGUGUGUUUUAAAAAAAUAAAAAAUCUGAAAUGCGAUUGAAAAAUAAAAUUAAACUAUAAACAUAAAAUACGCGAAAUUUUUAUGGUUAAUUUUUUUGUUUUCAAACAUUAUUUCUAUUUUAGAAACUCUCUUAUAUUAAGCUAAAAUUUUUAAGCCCGAAACUGAUUAAAUAAACAGAAAAAUAAGUAAUUUCUAAAUUCAAGUUUACUUAAUUUCUUUGAAACAAAGUUAAUGCUAAUGUAGUCGUAGCUAUCAAAAGUAAUGUGAUAACGGUAAUGAAUUCUACCGUAUCAAUAUUGGGAUCUUUGUUUAUCUUCAGUUUAUAACUAUUAUUAUUGUGAAUCGGAUUACUUUUACUAUUAUUUCAAUAAUAAAAAAAAACUGCUAUUAUAACUACUACUGCUACUACUACUACUUCUACUACUAUUAUUAUAAUUAUUUUAUGUAGGUUUAUUAUUAUUAUUAGUAAAUUAUAAUAAUAAAAAUAUUCAUUUUAUUAUUAGAGUUAAUAAAAUUAUGUGGUAAUUAAAUAUAUGAAAAAAUGCAUUACUUGUAAUAUAUGUGGAGUGCAUAGGAUAUGUGUAAAAAAGUAACUGAUAGUGUAAAAGGAAAACUACAUAGCUUUUUGAGUGCUCAAAUAAUAUGAAAUAUCGAAAAAUGCAUUAAAAUGGAACAAACAAACAUAAUGAAUUGAGAGUGAAAUCAGUAUGAUUAUCACGUAAAAAAUUGUAAAAAAACCAAAGUGGCACUUUUCAACCAAUCGGCUGCAUUCCUCACCUAGCUGUGGCAAGACUAUAUUGUUUUUAAUUAUUAUUUCUACUACAACUACUAUUAUUUUGAUUUUUAAAAUUUUUUAUAAGCUACUUACUGUCUUAAUAUUUGCUAAUAUAUAAGAUAAAACGAGCGAUGUGUCAUAACUGCUGAAAUUUUUUAUUGAUAAUGGAAUAAAAAAAAAUAAA